AUGGCUCGAGCUAUGAGAUUGGUCCUGGGACUGCUUCUGGUGACAGCUCUGACGAGCUCAGUGAGCGCUCGGAGGAUGCCUCUAAGUGGCCCGAAGCCCUUGGUGAAGCGAUCAAUGCUGGAUGACCCUGCUGCCGCUGACGCUCCCUAUGCCGCAACCACCUGGUGCGCCACCUUGGACUGCCUCGUGACAGCCAUGACCGCAGCACAGGGCCAAAACAACAGCAUGAUCGUGGUUACUGACAACAUCGACCUGAACGGCCAGCCCCUCCCCGCCGUUGUUAACAAGCUGGAGGUUAUGGGGAACUGCCCUGACGGCUGCUGCUGGAUCGACGCGCACGACCAGAGCCAGAUCUUUGUGGUGUCUAGCACGGGCCUGUUCACAUCGCACAUGCUGGAUAUGCGCCACGGAAAGGCUGCUGGCUGCGGAGGAGCCGUCUGGGUGUCCCAGGGGGGGCGCGCCGGCUUCUUCGGCUCCAAGUUCAAGAACAACACCGCAGCUAUGGGAGCCGCCGUCUGCUUCGACAAGGGCGCCAGGGGCUUCUUCAAGCAGGGCAGCUUCAAGGACAAUGUGGCUUCCGUUUCCGGCGGAGCCGUGUUUGAGGACCAGAACGUGUGCGUAACUUAUGUUGAGACCAACUUCGCGAGCAACAAGGCCGCCAACGGAGGCGCCAUCGCGGUCAGCAGCGACAGCUCCGCUGACGUUCAGUACAGUCUCUUCACCGCCAACUCCGCGACGACCCGGGGAGGAGCUAUCGACGCCGCUACAGGGUCCACCAUUAGCGUCACCAACACGCAGUUCACCGGUUCCAACGCUCCCAACGGAGCUGAUGCUAGCCUGGCCACUGGGGUCGCCAACUCCUUCAUCAAGAACACGUACUCUGCUCCCGGAUCCGUUGUCAACGGCAACAUCUGCACCACUGGCGGCGGCCCCCCUCUGCAGCUGGAUCCCCAACGACUGCCAGAUGCCCCUGAUGCCCUUCCCGGUGCCGUCUCCCUCCCCCUCCCCCCAGCCAUCCCCGUCCGCCUCUCCAAUCCCCUCUCCUUCCGCUUCCCCUAUCCCCUCCCCUUCAAGCUCCCCCACCCCCCCCUCUCCCUCACCUUCCAGCUCUCCCGUUCCCCCUCCCCCUCUCCUUCCACGCUCUCCAAUCCCCCCUCUCCGUCGCCGUCAAGCUCUCCCGUCCCCCCUCCCCCUCCUCCUUCCAGCUCCCCACUCCCCCCUCUCCUUCUCCUUCUAGCUCCCCCUGCCUUCUCCUUCCGCCUCCCCGCCCCUGUCCCGACCACCAGCGCCCCUGUCCCGACCACGGCGGUCCCCACUAUCGCACCGACCACUCCCGCCCCGACCACUAAGGCCCCUGUCCCGACCACUAGCGCCCCUGUCCCGACCACGGCUGCCCCGACUGUCGCACCCACAAUGACCCCGGCGCCCACCCCGGUUGCCACGCGCCCGCAGCCCUGCAUCAGCAACGGGACGUCCGUGAAGGGGGACCCCCAUUUCAUCGGCAAGCACGGCGAGAAGUUCGACUUCAUGGGCGAGGCGGGCAAGGACUACUGCCUGAUCGCGGAUAAGCAGAUGCACAUCAACAUGCACGUCUUCGCCGGCCGGAGAGAGGGCACCACUUACAUCUCCGAGAUCGGCAUGCUCAUCGGCACCGAUGAGAUCUACGUCGCCGCAAAGUCCGCCGACACCGCCGGGUGGAAGGACUACCAGGGCCAGGUCCUCGUCAACGGGGUCGAGCUGCCCGCGUCUGACUUCAGCAUGACGCUUGCGGACGGCCUCAGCGUUACGCGCACCCGGACGUCCGUGCGGGUGGUCAAGGCGGACUUGCUGGAUGUCACCCUCGACAUCGCGCGCGCGGCGUUCUGGGAGAACGGGCCCGGCCAGAACUUCAUCAACUUCAAGGUUUCCACGCUCAGCGCGACCCCCAGCGUGCACGGCGUGCUGGGCCAGACCUACCGGGAGACCGCCAAGACGUACCAGAAGCUGUCCAACGGGCCCGAGUACAAGAAGCUGCGCGCCAACGGGAUGCCUUUCUUCGUGGACGGAGAGGAGGACGACUACCAGACGUCCGGCAUCAUGGCGGCGGACUGCAAGUUCGCGCGCUUCGCGCUGACGGAGUCCACCGUUUCCGCCGGCGGCAGGAAGCUAUUGGGUUUCUAG